AUCGGGUUCCCGAACCACCAUCCGUACGCCCCAAAGCCUGCCUCGAACGAGUCGAACCACCUGCGUGUCCAGGCCAAUUGAUCCUGCCGGCACUUGCUUCCUUCGUUAGGGUGGCUCUCCGACUGUCCGCCUCUCCCCCGCAGAUCCUGCACGGCCUUCACGAUGGGCAGAUAUAAUCUCGCGGCCCUCCGGGUUAGCCAACUCGCUGAUGCACGGGCGGCCCUCGGAAACACCAAGGCUUCAAAAACAACAGAUUCUUCCUCAUGGAUUGAUGUAUUGCACGACAUCCCCCCGGCUCAGGUCCUCGUACGGAAUCGGCCCCAACAACACCAACUGGUUCGCCAGCGUCUGAAAACUAUUCCCGGGGCAUCGAAGCCGCAGGCCGUCUUCGAAGUCCAGGAGAAACGCAUCAAGCCGAAGAAGGCAAGCCGCAUGUUUAUGCCGGUCGAGAUUAAAUACGAGGAAGACCAGCUGCGCAAGGAAUUCUUCCGCGACCAUCCCUGGGAACUUGCAAGACCCCGGAUCGUCCUCGAAAAGUCCGGCAAGGAUUUCGAAAGAUACAACUGGAGCCGGCUCCAGCAGCCGGGAAAGAACCUGGAUGGUGAAAGUGUUGUUCAGCGCCAGCUCUGGCUCCUUAAUAAUAUCCCCGAUAUGACCAAGAGCGCCGCCUAUGAUAUUGCACGCCGCGAGUUCUACCGACUCCGUCUACAGCAAGACAUUGAACGACGUGUUGCUGCCGAAGAGGCCGAAGCUACCGGUGCGGUGUUCGGACCGACACGCCUAGAAGUCGGUAUGGAUCUCGAGAACAAGGAGUUUGAGCGCUGGAAGGAGUGGGCCAAGUUAGAAGCCCAGCUUUCGGACCAGAGACUGGCUGCAUUCCUCGGAAACCCAGAAGUUCAGGUUGCUGCUUCUGCUGAGGAAUCGGAGCCAGCCUUGGAAGAUGACGCCCAGGAGAAGCUUGGGCAAGCACCAUGAACCCGGCGCGGUGGUCCUUUCUGGGAGUUUAGUAUAGUCAACCCCAGAGGAGAGGGGCUUUGCCAGACUCUCUAAUGGUUUAUGUACACUACUGGAUUAUUUUCAUAUUCUUUUUCUUGGGUUGCUCUGUUUUUCUUUCUUUCUUAUUUACCCUGUUGUUGUGAAUAAGAUCCUCGGGUCAUAUGUAUAGUUUUGUUAUUCUGAUAGCGC